UUUGAAUCGCCAUCCCUCACAUCAAUCCUUCCACAUCUCUCUGUCUCUCACGACAGUCGGCAUACACAAUGGCAAAGGUAUUCCCAGCGGACAGUCCAUUGUGCAACCUCUUUGGCACUGCGCCAAAGAAGCCGACUCAAAAUGUCUUCGCAGAGCCAGAAUCGCCUCCCAAAACGAUCACAGACUAUCCCCAGCCUCGUGGUGACAGUCCCUACGCCACUCCUAUUAACUACAUCACAAUUGGCCGUACCACUUACGCUAUCCCCGAAUACUACGUCCUCAAAAUCCCCAACUUGAAAUUCGCCUACAUGAAGGAAUUCUCCCUCGAAGAAAUGUACGCCGACAUUGGACAUACAUUUAUCCACUAUCUUUACACCGGGGAAUAUCAAACUCUCGCCGCAUCUCCCAACACCCCUCCCUCCAAAGCCCGAGCUCGGGAAUUCAAACGCAGCGUGUACGCCUUCCACAUGGCUCAGCGACACCAGAUUCAGGGCCUGCUGGACCACGCACAGCGCUACAUGCAUACCUUCGUCGACUCCGUGUCAACACUGGAACUACUCAAGAUUGCACGGGAGGUAUAUGCUACUAUGUACACUGGUAGGAAGUGGUUUGAGGACUUCGUGUAUGAUCAACUUGCUGCAGCGUUCAAAGUCAGCGAAGAACAGUUCAGAAACGAUAUUCUGAAGUAUGGUGUGGGAAGCGAUGCAAAAUUCGAUCAGUUUUUACUGGAUCUCGUCUUGAAGAUCUACUCUGGUAGCAUUGCCAAGUUGACCAAGGCGACUACCAACGGCCCAGCAGCCAGCCGUGCUGCCUUCAUGUCCGACGAGGAUGCUUCUACUGAUCAAACAACUCUUGUAUCUGACAGCAAUGACACCAAGAGCGACCCCGAAGUUAGCGUGGAUUGUUCGGAUGACGGUGUCAAGGAUACCAAAACCGCCGACACCGUGCCAGAUCUACCAGAAGAGAAACCCAAGUCUCCAUCUCCUGCUCCAGCUUCACCUCUCUCGUUCGCCUUCCGGUCGCCGCAGCCAGUGAGGUAUCAAAGCUUUGCACCGGAACCAACUCCAUCAAAGACAGAGCCAAAGUCAGAGCCGGAACCCACACUAAAGGAGACCUUAAAGCCUGCGGCAUCUUCAAAUCCCGUUCCGGAAAAAGCGGCCCCAGUUCAUCCGGAGAAAGCUCCUCAGCCAGAGAAGACGACGCAGCCAGAGAAAGCAACACAGUCAGACGAAGAGAUACAGCCAGAGAAAGCCUCGUUCGAUAAGCCAGAUCCGAAUCCAAAAUUCACGCCACGGAGCGGAGCGCAAACACCAGAGGAUGCCCCCGGCGAUGAUUCGAGCCCCCGCAAGAAGUCAAAAAAGAAGAGGGGAGGCAAGAAGAAAUCCGGGAACUCAAAUACACCGUCGUCUGGCAACCCGAAUGCACCAUCGAACUCUGUUGCUGGCACACCCAGUAAGUGGGUUCCCAAGUGGAAGACAGAAUCAAUUUCGUUCUUGUAACGAUCACGAACGCUAGCGUCUGGACGAGCUCAACCGACGAUCUCACCAAAAUGUCCGAAAUGACUCACGAAGAAUUAAUAAAAUGUCCACUUUUCUAUGAGAUAGCGAUCCAAAGUAGUAUGCAGCAGUAAGCCGUCUGUCUAUGGUAUAGUUGGAAAUAGUGAUACAAGCAUUUUGUGCGAAAUGUGCAAAUCGCGCCCAGAAAGUGCAGGGCCACAGGCAACCGUUCUGCCUCUAGCGAUUCAUGUCAUCUUACGCAGUAGAUUAUUAUCAGGCAAUUUCCCGUUCCAUGGAUCC